ACACCUCAGCCAGCCAUGUAACGCGGCCUUGCAUGAAAGUACUUCUUCCCGUGCGACAUAGAAGAAGGCCUCAUCCUAGCAAACCAUGUAUCUCACGAGCCUUGUGUCUGUAUUUGGUUGGUAUUCUCAAACGACCCCAAUAGUGUCAUACAUGCAAUGGAGCUAAUGUAAAGCUUGCAGACACACCGCAAUGUGAUCAGUAACGUACUGUUCUAUCUCAUCGUAUCUCCUGCAUCUCGUUGCCUUGCUUCUGGUUUGACUAAUCUAGCCCAUCUCCUGGCAGAGAGGGUUACUAGAGGUCUUCAUGAUACUUUUAAGAAUGGUACUCUGUCUUUAUGACUGAAAACACCAUCCUCUCAAUUCAUCGCAGGUGCUAUCCAACAUAUCAGAUAGUCAGUACAAAAAUUCCCAACAAUCGACAAUGUCAGCUACUCGUGCUAGCAAGAAAUCUGGAAGAGGUGACCGCAACGUCAGCAAAGAAGCCGGUGAAAACAAGGAUAAAAAAGACACUGAUGAAAACAAGGAUAACAAAGACACUGAUGAUAACAAGGAUAACAAAGACACUGAUGAUAACAAGGACAUCGACAGUUACACCGUCUUGCGCGUCCAUAAAUUUGACCCAGGCACAGAGGCGGCUCGCCACAAACGCCUUAUCCAGGUCGAGAAUACGGAGUUUGCCACAACUGAAAAAGGAACAUUGAAAGACCUCAGACUGUUUCUGAUCACGCAGCAGGUGUUUGAGUCGCAAGACAAAGCGAGUCCAUUCUGCGAUCCGAACGGGUCUGAACUGUCUGACUCUACUAAGACGAAGAUUUACCUCACCCUAGUUGGGGACGAUACGAAGGAUAAACCUCAAUCCGAGGCAACUCCUUGCCGUCAGAUUAGUCUGUACUACAAGCAGAAGAAGACUCGCAACGCCAUUGACGAUGAAACAAAGGAGUUCCUCCGAAGUCAAUUGGAUCUCAAAACAAAGGACGAGGGAUUGUCCGAGGCGGACGUGAAACGACUCAAAUCUGCAUUUGACUCCGCCGCGUGGAUGGCAAACGGAGGGUCGAAGCUAAGCCACGCCGCCGACCUCAAUGAAAAGCAGUGGAGCAUCAUCGUCCGGACAAACUGUCUUCUCAGUGGUUACACAAUAGUGAAACAUGAUAAAAUCGUAGGAGGGCCCAUGCCGCCGAACCCGGACCCUUUGGGUUACGACAAGAAAUCGAGCAAAAGCAAGAUUCGCGGCCAGGUGGUGACGGACUACAAGAUUGAACGCACUCCCUACAGCGCUUUCCAAUUGAAGAAAAGACAAUUUCAGGUAUAUGAGAUAUCGGCAGAUUAUGGCCAAGAAGUUCUCAGCUCGCAAACCCCGACACAGCCUGGAGCAGAAAAUCUCAUGUUUAGGAUCCCCCGAUUCCGAGUCGAUGAUGACUCCUACGUCAGUGUGUUUGAGACGCAAAACGCCCUGGAGAAAUCACUAGCCAAAGGGUCAUUUUCCGAGAGUUCCGUUGAAGCAUCUGCCGGCGGUGGUUUCUGGGGUGUAUCUGCUGGAGCCAAGUUCGGAGGCGCUUGGAAUAGCAGCGAUGAUUCGGUACAUUCUGAGUCUUCAGAGAGCAAAAGCAUGAAUGUCACCUACAAGUUCCCGCGUAUCACGCUGUAUCUCGAUCCCAACUCGCUUGAGAUCACUCCUGAAUGCAAGGCAGAUAUUGACAAAGUAAACGAUAAGAAAAGUCUGCUAGCUUUCAGCGAGAAAUACGGUGAUAUCUUUGCCCGACGGGUCCAACUUGGCGGUUCUCUUUUCGCCAGUGAGAACAGCACUGCGACAACUGUGCAGGACAAGGCCAAGCACGCCAAUUCACUGAAAGUCUCCGCUGCUGCCUCCAUCUCGUCAUCAUAUUUUCAGGCUUCCGCCAGCGGAAGCCACGGCGAGGGUUCCAACUCGAACAGCAGUGACACAAAACAGGAUCUCACAAGCGCAAUGGCCUGGGAAGCCAUCGGGGGCGAUACAUUGCUCUGCAAUAACCCUGCACAGUGGUGUGCAACUGUAGGUGACUUCUACAACUGGAGAGUGAUUGACCAAGAUAGUGUUCGUCCACUGUCUGAGGCGCUUGAUGAAUUUGCAGGCGAUGGAGCGAUCACCCAACGAUUCAAGGAGGCUGCGAAGAAAUGAUCACAGGUUUACUGAUAGCUUCAAUCAAAGCUUAGAUGUCAGUGUCACGAGGAAUAGUAAAGCCAGAUCUUCCAAAAGCUUGCUUUCAUGAGUGGCUAGAAGUUGAUAUAAAUCAAAUCCAACCAUUCUAAAC